GCUAAUGGUGCAUUUGUCCAUUUUCUUCCCUUAAUCAGGUUUGGUACAGCAAUCCAGCUCUAAGGGAUUGGUUGAAAGAGCAUGCUGAUGCAUCAGAAUUGGAUAACCUCAAAUGGAUGUAUUAUUUGAUUAAUAAGAGCCCAUGGUCAUCCCUUGAUGAAAAUAAGCCGUUUUUGACGACAGCAGAUUCAGCCAUAAAGUUGCUCCCUGAAGCCACAAAACCCGUUACUGGAUGGAACGGUCUGGAAUAUAAAGCAGCAUUUCCAAUGCUAAAACCACCUGGUGCAAAUUUUUAUCCUCCAGACAUGGAUAAAAUGGAAUUUGAAUUGUGGAAGGGCUCACUGACAGAGAGUAAAAAACAUGAUGCAACAAGUUUUUUUACUGUUAUCAAAAGGCAGAGUGAAUUUGAUUUUGAUUCUUCUCUGCCAAAUCAUACAGUUGAUGGCAGAGAUUACUCGACUGGUGUUCAUGAUCUUUUUAGCAUUCCCUACUGUAAAGAGUAUAAUUCUCUGAUCACAAGAGCUGCCAAUCUAUUGCAAAAAGCGGGUGACUUGGCUGGCUCACCCAGCUUAAAGAGGUUACUACAUGGCAAAGCUGCUGCAUUCCUUUCGAAUGACUAUUAUGACUCAGAUAUAGCUUGGAUGGAAUUGGACUCUAAGCUGGAUGUGACUAUAGGACCAUAUGAGACAUAUGAAGAUGCACUUUUUGGAUACAAGGCUACAUUUGAAGCUUUCAUUGGAGUCCGGGAUGAUGAAGCAACUGCUCAACUUAAACUCUUUGGCAAUAAUUUGCAGGUUUUGGAACAACAUCUUCCAAUGGAUGACAUUUACAAAUCAACAAAUGUUAAUUCUGCUCCUAUUCGGGUCAUUAAACUGAUCUAUAAUGCGGGGGAUGUGAAGGGUCCUCAGACCAUUGCUUUCAAUUUACCCAAUGAUGAGCGUAUAGUAAAAGAACGGGGAACUUCAAUGGUCAUGCUUAAGAAUGUUUCAGAGGCCAAGUUCAAGCAUAUCCUUCAACCUAUUGCUGAUGUGUGUAUCGCUAAGGAACAAAAGGAACUUGUAGAUUUUGAAUCUUUCUUUACACACACCAUCUGCCAUGAAUGCUGCCAUGGUAUCGGUCCUCAUACUAUAACACUUCCAAAUGGUCAAAAGUCUACAGUGAGAGAGGAGUUGCAAGAACUCCACUCGGCUUUGGAAGAAGCAAAAGCUGAUAUAGUUGGCCUUUGGGCGCUCAAUUUUUUAAUUAACCAGGAUUUGCUUCCAAAGAGUUUGGAAAAGUCUAUGUAUGUUUCUUUUCUUACGGGAUGUUUUCGAUCUGUUCGAUUUGGUUUAGAGGAAGCUCAUGGAAAAGGACAAGCAGUGCAGUUCAAUUGGUUAUUUGAGAAAGAAGCCUUUGUUUUGCAUCCUGAUGAGACAUUCUCUGUUGAUUUUGCCAAGGUUGAAGGAGCAGUUGAAAGCCUUAGUAGAGAGAUUCUAACCAUACAGGCAAAAGGUGACAAAGGAGCUGCAAGUUUGUUACUCCAGAAAUACUGUAAAAUGACACAGCCAUUAAAACUUGCACUGCUCAAAUUAGAGAGCAUUCAGGUGCCUGUAGAUAUUGCUCCCACAUUUACCUUUGCCGAUGAAACUUUGGGGUAAAGGCAAUAUGUGGGUAUCAGACUCACACCCGACGCUUGUCUUGCAAAUUCAUAUCAAACAAACGAGGGUUUUGGAAUUUCAUCCAUUUCUUUUAAAAAAAAAAAAAGAUUUAAAUGUCGGUAAUGUGAUGAUGCUAUAUAGCAGCAACAUCUUCAAUGCUUCUACCGAGCAGGGUUUGUUUCUAUCAUCGCCUAAAGCUGAGUAAUUUCAUUUCUUUCGUGGAUUAAGCUUGUAAAAAUUAUCGGAUGGACUCGUGUCUUUGUGCGCAAACCACAGAGGAAAAAAAACACACUUCAAAGUGCAAAGGCAAGCCGCUCUCCUCUCGCUUCGCCUUGCAGGAAUGUUUUAGCCUUUGCACAGAGCACAUCUGUGAAGCCACACGGGUUCUUGGCGUGCGUACAAGAGAGAUACGUGACUUGAGUCAAACAUGAGCUUUACCUGCAACUUUUAAUGAGGAAAUAGUCUGAUAAUUUCGGGUCCA